AUGGGUGACCCAAAGAACUCCGCCACGCCAUCAACCACCACGAUCACGACCGCCAUCCCGCCCUACACGCGUCCGUUACCUGAUUCCUGGAGUCGGAAGAAAUCACAGUUCUCUACUAUCAUUGAUGCUCUCAACGCUAUUCCUAAUAAAAAGCACCGUACUGAUGUUCAAUGCAAGUCUCGCAAGGAUUAUAUCAAGAAAAUACACGAGGCCAAGAAGAGACCUGCCACAUCCACCUCUUCCAACAGAAGAAUCCUAAAAUCUUCUUGGCCGUUUCCCGAGUAUAUGGACACCUUGAUGGCGAAUAGAGCCUCGGCUCAUCUGCUGAAGCUUAUGCUGGCCGUGCAGCAAGUGGUGAACGAUGUUCCAUAUCCAACAUCCAGCUUUCAUAGAAAGGAGCAAGCUACAGCAGUUAAUGAGGUGACGACGCCAGUUUCAUCAACACUGACUUCACCAUCUCGAUUGGGUUACGGUUUUUCCUCGCUUCCGUUAACUGUACGUGCUCGUGCCCGUAUAGAUUCCUGUAGCGAAGAGGCCCGUCUAUCUUCCUGGAGCCAAGAGGCUACCUUUACUCUCAUUGAAGCCUGGGGCUGCCGUUGUAUGGAGCUCAUCCGAGGUAAUCACCAUCAAAAGAAUUGGCAACAUGUAGCCGACGCCGUCAAAGCACUUCACGCUAAGUCUGAGAAAAAGCACCGGACUCGUUUUUAA